CAGCGCAGUGCGCCAAUAGGCAGCGAGCGUGAGGGGCGGGGCGUGGCGGCGCGAGGCCCCGGAUGUGGCUGCUGCGGCCCCUCCUCCCCCGCGCUCCCCUCGGAGACCCCGGCCGCGCGCCGCCACUCACUAGCUGGUCCCCGCGCGGGCCCCUCGGGCAGCGGUGUGGAGGUACGCAGGCGGAGCGGACGGCGAGGCGACCGAGCGAAGGCGAGCGGGCCGGGCCCGGCCGGGCGGCCGUCGCCAUGAGCGGCUCGUCGGGCACCCCGUACCUGGGCAGCAAGAUCAGCCUCAUUUCCAAGGCGCAGAUCCGCUACGAGGGCAUUCUCUACACUAUCGACACGGACAACUCCACCGUGGCGCUCGCCAAAGUGAGGUCCUUUGGUACUGAAGACCGGCCCACAGAUAGGCCUGCUCCUCCGAGAGAGGAAAUUUACGAGUACAUCAUUUUCCGGGGAAGUGACAUCAAAGACAUUACCGUGUGCGAGCCUCCGAAAGCUCCGCACACGCUCCCUCAGGACCCUGCCAUCGUCCAAUCUUCCCUGGGCUCGGGCUCCUCCUUCCAGCCACACGUGCCUUACAGCCCCUUCAGAGGGAUGCCGCCCUACAGCCAGCUGGCCGCCAGCUCCCUGCUCAGCCAGCAGUACGCAGCGUCCUUGGGCCUCGAGAAGCUGGUAAGCCCUCCAGCCUCAGCCGCAGCCUCCAGCCCUAGCUCCUCUCCAUCUCCACAGCCUGUGUCAGAGCCUGACAUGUCCUCAGAGCCACACCAGCUCGCUUCCAAGGGAGCCGGCUUUCCGUCAGUCCCCACCGGCAAGAGCCCCAUGGUGGAACAGGCCGUCCAGACUGGCUCCCUCGAUAGCCUGAACGCCAAGAAGCUGGUACCUGGCAGCAAGGGCGCCGUGGGGGUGCAGCUCAACGGGCGCCCGGCCCCACCGGGUGGCAAGAGCGCCAGCGACGUGGUUCAGCCAGCUGCUGCGCAGACACCAGGGCAGGUGAACGACGAGAACAGGAGGCCCCAGAGGAGGAGAUCAGGGAACAGACGAGCCAGGAACCGCUCCAGAGGGCAGAGCCGCCCGACGGAUGUCAAGGAGAACACGAUCAAGUUUGAGGGCGACUUUGAUUUUGAGAGUGCGAACGCCCAGUUCAACCGAGAGGAGCUGGACAAGGAAUUUAAGAAGAAACUGAAUUUCAAAGAUGACAGAGCGGAGAAGGGGGAGGAGAAGGACCCAGCAGUGGUGACCCCGAGCGACGAGGCUCCUGCCGAGGAGGACCACCUGGGGCCCUCUUGCUACUAUGACAAGUCUAAGUCCUUCUUUGACAACAUCUCAUCUGAGCUCAAGACCAGUUCCAGGCGGACCACGUGGGCCGAGGAGAGGAAGCUCAACACGGAGACCUUCGGGGUGUCAGGGCGGUUUCUUCGUGGCCGCGGGUUCCGGGGCGGACUGCGAGGGGGCAGGGGCAGCGGCCCCGCGCGGCGCAACCCGACUUCCCACAGAGCUGGCACCGGCCGGGUGUAAGGAGGCGGCCGGAGGCUCUGGCCAAAGCAGCGGCAGACAGAAGCGGGGCGAGGACGCUGCACCGACGGGAGACAGAUGUUGGGUCGCUGUUACUACUUUUGUUUUGGUCGUCCCGCAACCUGGGCACGGUUCUGCUUGUUUUCGGGGAGUUUUGGGGACCCCUGGGGUCUCGGGAUCUCUUCAGUUCUGCAGUCUCAACUACGGUUGUGGUCUUUUGAAAAAAAUUUCUAGAGCGAAAGCUCGAUCUUCACUUUGACUUUAAAAGUGGAACCAAAUCUCCUGUGGCUGCGUGGCAGCCAGGCGCAUUCUGCUGCCCCGCUGGCCCUGGUGCUGCUGGCCUGGCACCUGCACUGCCACCGGUGGGGCUUCAGGAGGCAGGCAGGGCCAGCCCAGGGGUGCGCAGGGCCAGCCGGGCCCGGGCAGGGCGAGGGUCCCGCAGAUCAUGGUGUGUGGGUGCGCAGACUGCCGGAGGCUGGAGGGGUGCUGGAGGCAGGACUGGGGGGCACCCACCGGGCUGGGGGCUGUGUUGCUCGGAGCCUGGCUCCACGGGCAUCAGGUUUGGGUGGCGUCCCCGUCCUCCGCCCGGCCAGCCCCUGACCCGGCUGUGUGGGGCUUGGCUCCGGCCAGCGCCAGCAUCUCCUCCACUUGGAAACCAGCCUGUCUUUUCUGUGAGCCCCGCUGACCGAGAGCACAUUCCUCUGAGCUGUAAAUAGUUUUCUUUUCGUAGGCGGGUGGAGGGAGGUGGGCUAUAAACUGUCGCAUGAGCAAGUGGGCACCUUGGUACAAGCAUGCGCCCCCCUGGGGCAGGGCGUCGCGGUCAGCGGAGCACCUGGUCACUGACCCCCAGGUAGCUCUGAGGAUUUUGGUUCUGUAUUACGUUACUGUAAAAGCUUGGGUUUAUUUUUGUAGGACCUAACGGCUGAGAGUUAGAACAUAGCAAUGGGGCAGCUCUGUUGGGAGUAAUGUAAAUUGUAAUUAAAAUAAACAC